AAAAAAUUCCCAUGAUGAAAGGAAUAACGUCCAGGUGCAUCCUCCCUUCACGUCUGACCUGCAUCUACCCGUUCUUCUUCUAUGAAUCAAUCAAACUUCCCCCCAUCUCUUUCAUUUUUCCAUCAUCCUUCUUCUCCUCACUUUUCACUCUACAAUCCCUAUUUCUUUCUUAGGGUUUCCUUCCUGUUUUUGGUAAAUUCACAUCUCAAUCUCAAUUCCCAAUUCUUCAGUCUUCUUCUUUGAGGCCUUUGAUUGUUGAUACUUGUAUAUUUUCUUAAAUUGUUCAAAAUUGUUAUUGAUUAUGGAUUUUUCUCACUCUCAAUCGAAUCUUUCUUUAGGGUUUCUUUCUCACUCUACGCAUGCUUCCGCACCGAUGCCAUACCCUAAUCGAAGUUUGGUUAGUGAUGAUUCUAUUUCGUUUCAGAUUGAAUCGAGGUCGCGCGAGUCAUCUAUACCGAUUUCUUCUAUUCCGUUGCAAUUGUUGGAGCAAACUGCUCAAAAUUGUAGAAACAACGCCAAUGGAACUGUUGAGGGGAGAGAAUUUGUUGAUGAGGAUGCUGAGGAUAAAGAGGAAAGGAAUCACGUGGAUGAUGAAGAAGUUGAAGAAUUUCGUAUUCUUGGUCAUCCCAUGUGUCUGAAACGACGUCGUGAUAGGGAGGAUUCGGUGUCUUCUUCUACAUCAACUGCAAAACGCGUAUUUGUUGAUUCAAGCCUUGAUUCGCGUCGUUGUGCUGUUAAAUCAUGGGGGAAUCAAUCCCUGCGAUUGGCUGAUCCUGAAAUAUAUGAUAUUAUGGAAAGAGAAAAGCUAAGGCAAUGUAAAGGAAUCGAAUUGAUUGCUUCAGAGAAUUUCGUGUGCAAAGCUGUGAUGGAAGCUUUAGGUAGUUUCUUAACAAAUAAGUACUCAGAAGGAAUGCCUGGUCAGAGGUACUAUGGAGGAAAUCAGAACAUUGAUGACAUUGAAAUUCUCUGUUGUGAACGAGCAUUGGCUGCUUUUGAUCUUAGUUCUGAGAAUUGGGGUGUAAAUGUUCAGCCAUAUUCAUGUACCUCUGCAAAUUUUGCUGUUUACACUGGGCUUUUACUUCCAGGAGAUCGAAUAAUGGGUUUGGACACCCUUUCCGGAGGGAAUACUAGUCAUGGUUGUUAUACUCCGAAUGGAAGAAAGGUUUCUGGAGCUUCAAUUUUCUUUGAGAGCUUACCUUAUAAGGUUAAUCCUAAAACUGGGUAUGUAGAUUAUGAUAAGCUGGAGGAAAGGGCUCUUGAUUUUCGUCCUAAGAUACUAAUAUGCGGUGGUAGUUCUUAUCCCCGUGACUGGGAUUAUGCUAGGUUGAAGCAAAUCUCUGAUAAGUGUGGCGCCAUUUUGAUGUGCGAUAUGGCUCAAAUUAGCGGUCUUAUUGCUGCUAAGGAAUGUAUCAGUCCUUUUGAAUAUUGUGAUAUUGUUACGUCUACAACUCAUAAGAGUCUACGAGGUCCUAGAGGAGGAAUAAUAUUUUAUAGGAAGGGCAAGAAACCAAGGAAGAAAAGCUUGUUGUUGAGUCCAUCUGAUGAUUGUGAGCUAUAUGACUAUGAGGAUAAGAUAAAUUUUGCUGUUUUCCCAGCUUUACAAGGUGGUCCUCACAACAACCACAUUGCUGCGCUUGCUAUUGCCUUGAAACAAGUUGCUACCCCCGAGUAUAAGGCAUACAUGCAACAAGUUAAGAGAAAUGCUCAGGCUUUGGCAUCAGCUUUAUUGCGAAGAAAAUGUCAGCUAAUAACUGGGGGAACUGAUAAUCACUUGCUACUUUGGGACCUAAGGCCCCUUGGUUUGACAGGUAAGAACUUUGAGAAGGUAUGUGAAACAUGUCACAUUACUCUAAAUAAGGUUGCUUUGUUUGGUGACAAUGGCACUAUGACACCUGGUGGUGUAAGGAUCGGUACCCCUGCAAUGACAACAAGGGGCUGUGUAGAAUCUGACUUUGAAGUGGUUGCCGACUUUCUUGUUCGAGCUGCCCAAAUCACGAGUUUAGUGCAGAGAGAGCAUGGAAAAAAGCAGGAAUGCUUUCUAAAGGGUUUGCAAAGCAACAAGGACAUCAUCGAUUUACGUUCUCGCAUAGAAGCUUUUGCUUCUCAAUUUGCCAUGCCAGGGUUUGAUGUGUAGUCGUGAAUAAUACAAGUACACCAUCCUGCUUUUUCAAUCUUUUCUAUUUAGAAGUACCAAGGUCACCCACCAUUUGCAUAGUUCACCCUUCUCUUUUCACCGUCCUUCGAUAUGGAUGAUUUGUUUGAUCUUCUUGAUCAUGAUCGACAUGGCUAUUGGUCUCAGCAGGCGGGAUAAAUUUUGUCUUUGCUCACACGUGAUACAAUAGAUCCUUGAUACAAUAGUAUCUAAAUCCUUUUUAGGUUCUUAUGGCAGCAUAGAGGGUUUCUUCUUAAUUGUUGUUUCACCAUUUUAUUUAUGUACAGUCAAAAUCAGGUAUUCAAUACAUUGGUACAGCAGUGAAGUUAUACUUUGAAGUUUAAA